CAAGUAAUGGAAGUCACUGCUCCCCACCAUAUACUCCGCCGCCUCGCCGUCUUCCUCCUCACACUCAUCACCACUCCACCUAAUCGCCGUCUUAGCCUCGUCUCCCUCAAAGAUCUCCACCUCUCCUUCCUCUUCCGCCUCUGUGGUCUCUCUACCAGAAAACUCACCAUCUCCUCCGACGGAGGAAACCCCGAUACAUUUCUUCAUAUCUGGAUCCCUCGAAGCCGGCGACCGCAAAAACCAGCCCUCCUCCUCAUCCACGGAUUCGGCGGCAACUCCAAGUGGCAGUUUCACAAACAGAUCGGUCCGCUCUCCCGUUCAUUCGACCUUUACAUCCCCGAUCUGGUUUUCUUCGGCCGAUCGAUCUCCACAAGCGCUGAGCGGUCGGUGGGGUUCCAAUCGCGAUGUGUGGUAUCGGCGAUGAGGGGUUUAGGGGUGGAGAAGUACUCCGUGGCCGGGAUCAGUUACGGAGGUUUUGUUGCCUUUAGGGCUGCGAUCGAGGCGGAGGAGGUGGAGAGGUUGGUGAUCCUGACGUCUGGGAUCUGCGCGACGGCAGAAGAGAUGAGGGAGAUGGCGGAGGGAGAGAAGAGGGAUGUGAGUGAGAUCUUGCUACCUCAGCGGGCGGAGGAUCUGAUGACCCUCAUGAGGCGGUCCAUGUACCGCUCACCCAAGUGGUUGCCGGCGUUCCUCCUCCGAGACUUCGUCGAGGUGAUGUACAAGGAUCACAGGAAAGAGAGGGUUGAGUUGCUUACAGAACUCUUAUCGACCGGAGUUGAUCUGCACCCACUUCCUGUUCUUAAAAAGGAUGUUCUUAUUAUUUGGGGUGAUAAAGACGGUAUUUUCCCCAUUUCUCUGGCUCAUCGAUUACAUAGACAUUUGGGGCAAAAUGCAUGGCUGGAACUAAUAAAAGAUGCGGGGCAUGCAUUGCAGUUGGAGAAGCCGGAUACUGUAAAUCAACUAAUUGAGGGGUUCAUAUUGCAAUCUGAAUAAAUGUGUGGCUUGCUGUUAUUUUUGGCUAAUUAUGUACAUUAUUCUCAAAUUAACUCUAGAGAGGAAGAAAAGCUGUCUCUCAAUCAUCAACCUUUUUUCCAGCAACUUUGAUGUAAUUAAAUAAAAAUUUACAUAAUCCUAACUCUAAGCCUAACUCUUAUUGUCUAUAAAUUCAUGCUAAUC